CUAAGCAACACGCUCUUCUAAAAUAAGGAAACAUUAAGUGAAAAUGCUAUCGCCAUGGACUCCGCGAAAUAUAAGUGACAUGUGUAAAGAACAACAAGCUCCUUUGACCCAAUGUUCACCGGCGGGUAUUAUGUUUUUGGCUUUAUUAUCUCGUCUUUUUGGUGGUGUGUCUUUCAGUGUAUCACAUCCGAAAAAUCAUACAAACGAUAAUUAUAAUAAAAAACUUUUAAAAAUAACAUCACAUACAAAUCCAGAAAGUCAAGGUGCAAAAUACAAUUAUCCAGUUAACUUUUUUAAUCCUAAUUUGGAAUUUAAACAUUCGAAAAAUUACCGCCGCACUCAUCCCCUACGAAAAUCGGACUAUCUGUAUGAUUUUUUUAAUUAUCACCCUCCGUUAUCAUAUUCUAAUAACAUUAAGAAUCGAUCACAAUUUAAACUUGAGCAACCAGUUAAUGAUUAUGAUUUCCAUAAAAAAGAUUUGGGUAACCAAGAGUCCACGCCAAAGGAAGUGCCUGUGACAAUAAAAAAGUAUAAAAAACAAGCAAAUCGAAAGUGUAAUAAAAAAACGGAAAAAUAUGACUUUAUCAUCGUUGGUGCUGGAUCAGCCGGUUGUGUUAUUGCCAACCGCUUAUCAGAAAUUAAGGAAUGGAAAAUACUUCUGAUAGAAGCUGGCCCAGAGGAACCUGACGUGACUAUGGCCCCAUCAAUUGCACCAACACUUAAAGGCUCGAGUAUCGAUUGGAAUUUCAGAACUCAACCAGAAGAGCUUACGUGUAGAUCUGCCAGAGGACAAAGUUGUUCGUGGACAAGUGGAAAAACUAUGGGCGGUUCAAGUUCUAUUAACUUCAUGGUAUACAUGCGAGGAAAUCGACUCGAUUAUGACAAUUGGGCAAUGCUGGGCAACUACGGCUGGAGUUAUAAUGAGGUGCUUCCGUACUUUAAAAAAUCUGAAAACAACCGGGACACUGAAUCUUUUGACAACUACUACCACGCAGUUGGUGGACCUCUUAAUGUAGAAAGAUAUUCCUAUACUGAUAUAAACACAAUAAUGUUAGUAGAUGCAUUCAAAGAAAAAGGAUUGCCAUUAAAUGAUCUAACAGCAGCUGAUAAUUUUGGAACAAAUGUUGCCUCAUCCACUUCGAAAGAUGGGCAAAGAUGGUCUACAAAUGUAGCUUUUAUUAAACCAAUCCGUAGCAAACGUGCUAAUAUACAUAUUUUAGUGAACGCUUAUGCAACUAAGAUUAUCAUUAAUAAAAAAACAAAAUUAGCUCAUGGUAUAAAAUAUACCAAAAAAGGAAAGUUUUAUAAUGCCUAUGCUAGAAAAGAAGUUAUUAUUAGCUGUGGUAGUAUAAAUUCCCCAAAAUUACUCAUGCUUUCCGGAAUUGGGCCCAAAGAGCAUUUAGAAAGCUUAAAUAUAGAAGUUUUAGCAAAUUUGCCCGUUGGUAAAAAUUUACAGGAUCAUGUUUCUACAGAUGCACUUAUUAUUUCUCUAUCGAACAAAACUUCGACAACUGUUACUUCUCAAGAGUUAUUGAGUGAAGUAAAAAUUUAUAAAAACCAAUAUCCUAAAAAGUUUGGACCAUUAGCAUCUACUAGCGUACUGAAUAGUGUUGCGUUCAUUAAAACUAAGUACGCUAAUGAUCAAGCACCAGACAUUCAAAUCCAUUUUGACGCAAGAAAUGUUAAAGAAUUUUAUUCCGAUCCUACAACUUAUUUGGCAACAAAUUAUUUCCCUUUUUCUUUCUAUGAUGGCCUUGCAGCUAGACCAAUUUUACUUACACCUAAAAGCCGAGGGCAUCUUUUCUUAAAUCACACUGACCCAGUUUUCAGUCAACCUUUGGUAUACCCACGAUUUUUCACAAAUAAAGAUGAUGUUGAUAUCCUUGUUGAAGCAAUGCGUUUUCUUGUGGAUUUGGAUAACACUGAAAUAUUUAAAAAUAAUGGUGUUAGAUUUGUUAGAGAACCAGUAAUGGGAUGUAGAGAAAAUGUAUGGGGAACGUAUGAAUAUUUUGCUUGUCUACUUAUACAAUAUACAACAACUAUUUAUCAUCCUGCAGGUACCUGUAAAAUGGGACCAGAGUGGGAUAAAGAAGCAGUUGUUGAUCCUAGAUUAAGAGUGUAUGGCAUCAAAAAUCUUAGAGUUAUCGACGCAUCUAUAAUGCCAGUAAUAGUUAGAGGAAAUACAAAUGCACCAACCAUAAUGAUUGCGGAGAAAGCUUCAGACAUAAUAAAAGAAGAUUGGUUAUGA